AAUGAAAUGCUUUGCGAUUCCGAUUAGUUGCUGCAUCUACCUGCCUGCCACCGUUCCUCUCAAACGCCAAACCUUUCUUUUUGGGUCACCUUCUGAAUAUGGUAUGGGUAACACACUUUGGUUGCAUUGUACCCAGCUCCGGAAUCCUUACAAUGGAACGCCGCUCAACACGAUCAAUGAAGCCCAAAAUGGUACGGGUGGUUCAACUUUAUCCGAAUUGAAGAGUCCUGGACUUUUGGUUAAAGUCAGGACUUAA